UAUUUACUAGACUAUAUAAAAAUAAAAAUAUACAUAAAGUAUCGGACUAAGUUGAAAGUUCUGUGUUUAUAGUGUUUAUACGAGCAGCUUCUACAGUUGAUACCAUAUCUAACAUAAACUUUGAUAGACCCAUAGCCUUCUACGUGCUUUUACUACAGAACAAUAUACCUUAUGAUGUCUUGUCAUAAAUUAUCACAGAUUAUUAUCAAUACUGUAUCAUAGAUUUUGUUAUCAAAAAAACAACAAAUGUGACCAAAUAUAAAUAUUUAAUACCUUUGUAGUAAAAUCUUUUUUCUUUAUAGAUUAUUCACUUUUAUUGUUUUCGUUGUUUACUUACUUAAAUGCGUUUUAGUUAGUAAUUAAAAUUUUUUUUUCCAAUGUAACCAAUUCAAUGAUGUCGGCUCGCUCGCCAGAUUCGAUCGUCCACCGUCGGUCCAACACCAAACAGGUGCAUCCGGUGGUUGGACUAAAAAGAGUAUCUUUCCAUGAAGACGUUAUUGAGCCUGGGAAUGGGAAUCUCAUUCAAAUACGAAUUGGAGAAUGUGGUGAAAGAGAAGCGCCUGAAGGACAAGAAGAUCCACAACUGAGUGAAACAUUGUCCAAAAGUUCAGUUUUAAAAUCAAAAAAACAAAAAUUUCCAUCACUUUACUUGAAUGCUUUAAACGUCGAUCUCAAAUCUCAACAAGUCGUUUUAAAUCAAAUUAAACAGGAAAUGAUGAAUAAAGAAUGUAGUAAUGUUUGGAAUAAACAUUUAGAUAUGGGAUCCAACCAAUUGAUUAAUAUAAUUAAAAGAGAUUUAUUAUUAAAAACCAAAGAAUCUAUUUAUAAAAUUUAUAGAAUGCUAAGCACUGGUGGAUCUCCUCUAUUUGUAGUUAUUACAAAUAUUAGAUUUUUUGUUUUAACUAAAAAUGUUUACACUAAACGGUUAGAAGUAUUCUAUAGUUCAAAUUUUACAAGCCUAGAUUUAAUAGCCUUAGGCCCAUGUGAUCAAACUGCAGUCUUUGUUAGCGAAAAAUCAAAAAAAUGUACCUUAAUAACAGCAAUAGAUGUUCAAUCUGCAUUAGAAAUGAUUGGUAGUCUUGAAUAUGCUUACAGAUGUAGUGGAUUUUAUGACCCAAAUAAUGCGUUUGUUGUUAUAAAUAUCAACCAUGACGAUAAAUUAUAUGAGUCUGUAAAAUGUCAAAUUUCAAUACCUAAGGAUGAAAAAAUAAAAUAUUAUACAUGGUUGUGGUAUUACAAAGAAAGCGAAUCUUCAAAUAAUUUAAAAUCUCAUUUAGAAGAGUUUUUAAUGGUUAAAAAAGGAUCUAUAUGGAAACCAAGAUUUGUGCGUUUAAGUGAAGAUAUUUUAUACAUAUUUGAACAUCCAGAUCAAAAGUUACCAUGUGAAUCAAUACCUUUAAGAUUUGGCCGAUGUAAAAGAGUGAAAAAAAUUUGUACUGAUCGACCUUAUUCUAUAGAAAUUUUGCUGAUUAAUUAUCCAAUAAUUUUGGCACCUGCUGAUUGUAGUCAAGAAGAAAAAUGGUUUAAUGCCUUAAGUUAUGCUGUGACAGGUCAUAAAAAUUUAAAUAUUGAAUCCAAAUUACCUGAUGGAUACUGUUGUUUGUUGACCAGUAGUCAUAUAGUUUUGUACAAUUUUCCUCACACAAUUACAGACAGUAUGUUAUUAGUCAAUAUGGAUUCAUUAAAAUUUUCGCCUUCCCCAUCACACUACUAUGUUAUAAUUGAGUGGUCCUGUUACGAUGCAACAUUAGAAGAAAGCUGCAAUGAUUGGGUUGUGCAUUUUUCUUGUAAAUCUAGUUGCGAUGAAUUUAUUUCAUGGUUGUGUACUUUAAGACCAGAUUUAAAUACUUUGGAGUUAGUCGAAAAAAAGUCCAUACAGCGACACCUUAAAAAUAGUAUAACAUUACAAAGUUCACUAAUUUAACUUAUUUCACUACUUUUUAUGCUUGUUUUAUUUAUUUAUUAUUAAUUUUAAGUUGUCACAAAACGAUAAAAUAAAAAGAUUGUGCUUUCAAAAUUGUAGGAUUCAUUAUUAUUGGUCAUAUUAAUUUUAACUUUAACAGAGUAAAAAGAAAAGGUGCUUAUUUAAAUUUAAGUUUUUCUUAAUUUAAGUGAUUUAUUAUUUGUAUAUUAUAUUAAAAUGUUGUCUUUAAAUUUUAAACUAAACUUAAUAAGUUCUUAAGUGGCGUACUUAGUCCUACAUUUUGAAGCAGUUUUAAAUCUAGAAAUUGGGUGACCUUUAGUGAUAAAAAAAUGUAUUCUAGGAAAAAAUGUUAUGUAAAAAAAAUUUGUGUUGGUGAUUAUUGUUUCCCUUAAGUAGUGCGCCACUUAAUUUUUAAUGUAAUAUGUUAUGUAAUAUGUAUUAAUAAUUUAUAUCUGCAGUGUAAUUUAAUAUAAACAUAUGUAUAUAUAUAAUAUAUUAUAUAUAUUGACAAAAUGUAUAAUAUUAAUUUCUGUGAUAGGAUUCUUUUAAAUCGUCAUUGUUGUUUGUCUUGUGCCUAAUGUAAGAAUUUUUAUACUAUAAUGUGACUGUUUAAAAUGUAA